AUGUCGGUGGUCUCCGACGAAGCCCGUCACCAUCCUCUUUAUAGAGUUGAUGAAACUGGAAUUCCAUGGUGUGGCUUUUGUGGACACAAGAGCAUGGCCAGGGCCAUAACCGUUGGUGCUCUGAAUCAGCAUCUAAAGGUGCACAGCCUUCAGCAACGACAAGCUGGCAAAGCUAAGAUUCGGAUAUUGGAUUCCGACAUGGAAAGAAGACUAUUUUGUCAAAGUUUUCCACAGGACGGUGUACUACAAGCACCUGAAACAACAGAAGGAGAAUGAAGCUCCCUUUUCGAAGGUGAAACUUCUGGAUGAGGAUCGGGAGAAAACGGAUAUCCAAUUCGUUACCCUGUUAAACCUUGCAUCAAACGCAACUACUGAAAACAUUACCAACGGACUGAAAGGUAGGACGAAUAAAUAUUUAACUUAAAUCAUCCUUACUUUAGAAUUUGGAGUCGAAAGAAUCUCGUGUCCCAAAGACCAGCCUUUCCCGAAAAAGGCCUUUGUGUCAUGAACCAGCCAACCACUGGCUCGGCUUCUACUCGAGCAAGGUCAGGUCGUGAUAGAAAGGCGCAAGAUCAAGGCCUUGAAGACAAGUGAAGAGGAAAUCAAAAAGUUCGGUCUUCUAAGACUAUCAGAAAAAAGGUAGGAAUAAUGAAGUAAAUUAUCAUCUUUUAGCGCGACGAAACCGUAAAACAGAUCCCGCCAUUGCCCAAAGGAUACACUAAUGAUGACGUCCCGGAUUUCGGCCGAACCUUCACGGUCCACGAAAGCCCACUGGAUGUCGUCGGCGAUUUGGCGAUAGACAGCUCCCUUAGAGACCACUUGAUCUCAUUACGAAGUGAGAACUUAAGCCGAAUGCAGGUGAUUAGCAUUAAUCGGUAAGACUUUGCCUCUUUUGUUGUAGUCUCUGGCUAUUACCUAUCAUCCUUGUCCUGUCAUAAAGGCAUAACUAUUUUAUAUUUCAGACAUCGCCAGUCAAUCUACGAUCUAACCAGCACACCAACCCCACCCCGUCUACUCCAAGCCUCUCAAAGGUCCCACAAUUAG